UCGGAAACGUAAAUGGGAUCUUGAUGACCAAGGAAAAGAGGCACCACCCGUUUCUACGGCCUCAAAAUCGGCCAAAGUUGAUCCUAGUAGUGAUGCAUCUGAAUCUAGUGCGCCCUCACCUACACCUUCAAACUCUGAAUCAAUAGAUCCCAAUGUAGCUGCAGCCGUUGCAGCGGCAAAAAUCAAUGCUAUGCUUGCGGCAAAAGGUAUUCAGGUUCCAGCAAAGCCGUUAAUAAUCACACCUAAACUAGAUAUUUCUGAAAACGGCAGUUCGGAGGAUUCUAAAGCGUCUAAGAAAGAUUCUGAUUUGGAAUUUACUCAUGAUAUUACAAUCAAUGAUUGCAAAAACAGAUAUUUGUUGACUAAGGGUGCAACACAACAGCAGAUUCAAAAAGAAACUGGUGCAGAUGUAACGACACGAGGAAAGUACUAUCCAGACAAGCUUCUUGCUACCGAAAAGGAUCCUCCUCUUUAUUUACACGUGACUGCAUCAACUAAGGAGGCUUUAAAUGCUGCUAUCAAUAAAAUUAGUGAGCUCAUGGAACAGACUUUUACACCAGCUCCAUCGACACCAACACCACGUCCACCAGGACAGCACUUAGGGCGGCAGUUUGUUCAAGACAAAGUAUUUGUAGGAAUUGAACCUGACCGCACAUUUAAUGCACGAGCUAAAAUCGUUGGCCCACAAGGUGCUUAUGUAAAGCAUAUUCAACAAGAGACGGGUGCGAAGGUUCAGCUUAAAGGUCGAGGAUCGGGUUAU